CAGCACAGCACACACCCAGUAUAGUAAAAACAGGGGCCACCCAUCCAAGCCUGACAGGCAUCUGCGAAUACGAGAGAGAGAGAUAGACGCAGUCAGCCCCACCACCACCACUACUACAACCCUCCACCUCUGCAUCGGUAUCUCCGCUGGGGCCUCACAACGGAAUGACUCAUGUCGCAGAUUCAUCCCCAAAGCCUGGCUGCUGCUGAGUGGGUGGCUGGCUGCCCUUUAUGCUGCAGAUUCCUCCAAGGGUGACCUUGAGUGACGGUGUUGUUGUUGUUGUUGUUGUGUAGAGCAUUGUGUGAGCCAGUGCCGCAGUAAAGUGUGGACAGAGUAAGUAGCAGCAGUAGAGCAGUCAGCAGCAGCAUAAGCAGCAGCCAAGCUGUAGCAGUAGCAGUUAGAGAAGGAGUCGCAUCAGGCGUUUCGUGGGUGGCGCUGCCUUCCCCCACCAAACCAUCGCUGACUUGCGAGGCCCUUAAUGGGUCGUUUCUGGUGGCCUACUUUGAUGGUAACUGGCGUUGCAUUCAUUCAUUGCUGGGAGCUUUAGUGGUGGAGGCGUUGGGGGUGGUUGUGAUUUCAGCUGGUGGGGUGGAGGAAGCAAGGGAGCGAGAGGGAGAGAGAGAGAGAGGGAUUUAGGGUUUUUCGGGGGAGGAGUGCCUAUGGCGGAGCGCCCAAUGCCAAUGGGGAUGGAGCGUGUCCGUGUGAAAUUCGAGAGUGGGUGUGCGUGCGACGAGGGGGCAGUGUGUGAGCGUCGCCAUGGCUGCUAGAGUUGGUGAGAGGGCAGGUAGUGGGAGUAGUAGUGCCACUGUGAGGCGACAGAGAGCUGGAGGGGUGGAUUUCAGGAACAAUGGCAGCGGAGGAGGGGUCAGUGAGGUAGUUAUCAUGAAGGGAGGAGGGAUUACGGGAGUUGGGGGCGGGGCGCCGUCCGUGACGCCAUUUAUGUUGCACAACUUGACAAAAUCAUUGAGUGAGAGCAAAGAGCAGGAGGAGAGAGGAGUGAGUGGGAGGAGAGGGCUGAGUGAAGGUUGGAAGGAGAGGGAGAGGGCGACGGCGAAGCCAGGGGAGUCGGCAGCAGCAGCCGUGGAGAGAGCGAAUGGGCAGGGGCGGGAGAGAGAGAGGGUCAGGAUUCGAGAUCAGGAACUGCGCUUCGAUGCGGAGAAGGAGCUGGGGAAUGGCGUGGUGCUGUGCAAGGAGAGGUCGGAUGGGAUGCAGUGGAAGUAUGUGAGUAAUCUUGGAAGAUCUGGGGAGAAUACCAUGCAGCUUAUGUAUGCGCAGCAGCAUCGAGAUCCUUUGGCUGAAUUAGUUUCAUUUGUGAAGGCGUACAUUGUGCCAGAAGGUUAUCCUGACAGUGUUGCACCUUCCUACACACCAUAUAUGCAAUGGCGUGCCGUGCAGUACUUUUUUGGAGGUGCAAUGAGCGUGUUCACUACGCGGUCGCUGAUGCAUGCGUUGGGCGUAUCCAGAGGCACUUCUGCAUCUUCUGCUGUCGCUGUCAACUGGGUCAUAAAGGACGGAGCAGGACGUAUAGGGAAAAUGCUUUUCGCUCGACAUGGCAAGAAGUUUGAUGUGGAUCUUAAGCAGUUGCGCUUCAAAGGAGCAAUGCUGAUGCAGUUGGGCGCAGGCGUAGAGCUUACUACCAUGGCAGUGCCUCAUCUCUUCUUACCGCUGGCAUGCGCUGCCAAUGUAGCCAAGAAUGUGGCGGCUGUGACUUCAUCGUCAACUAGGGCUCCCAUAUACAAAGCCUUUGCCCGGCGAGAGAACAUUGGAGACGUUACAGCCAAGGGAGAAUGCAUCAGUAAUAUUGCUGAUCUGCUGGGAACUGGACUAGGAAUCUUCAUCUCCAAGAGGAGUCCUUCCUUAGUGGCUACCUUCUGUGUGCUCUCGUGCGGAUAUAUGAUCUCCUCUUUCAACGAGAUCAAAUCAGUUCGUCUAGCCACGCUAAAUCGGGCCAGAUUUGGAGUAGUAGUUCAAUCGUUCCUUGAAACUGGGCAAGUACCUUCGAUUGAAGAUGCGAAUCGAAGGGAGAGCGUUAUAACACUUCCUUGGCAGGAAAAGCCUCUGGAGCUUGGUUCCCGAGUUGGACAAGCGUUCUCCAACCCAAGAGAGUUCAUAAGAACACAAGAGCAAUUUCAGAAAGAAAACUACCUCGUAACAUACAGACCAAACAAAAAACGUGCAUAUGUUGUGAUCAAGGAAUCUGCCUCCUCUGACGACGUUGUUCGAGCUACAUUCCAGGCACAUGUCAUGCUGCAUAUGUUACGGGGAUUAGAGGGCACAAUUACGAACAGCAAUGUAGAGGAUGCUGUGGCAGAGAGCACCAAGCGCACUUAUGAUUUAUACGAUUCCUUCAAAGAAGAGGCAAAGUCUAAGGGUUGGAUGAUGGGAGAAACUUUGCUUAAUCCUGGAGAUUCAAGGGUUUGUGAUUAACAAUUUUGUAGUCCAGCAUAUUUUAUCUGACCAAUUUAAAGCUUUUCCUAAUAAACUUGAGAUUGUAACUAGUAUAUGCCAAUUUUGCUAGUUUGUAACGCUAAUUUCUUCAUGUACUGGUAGAGUUAUCAUUUGAUUUAGUUGAGCAAUCCACAGUUUCAAAUACAUGUUACAAAGUAGAGGUACAAACAAGAUGUAUGGGAGUGGACAGAUAUAUACUCUGUAAGGUUGUACACACCCACCUUGCUAUUGAGGUUUAAUAUAUUAUGGUAUAUUCAUUCGACAAAUUCA